AUGGUACCUUCUAUUCUCGCUCGCUUGCUCCCUGAGUCACAAGGUCAUCGCAGGAAACAUAGACAGGUUAUGCGGAAACAUCUAGCCGGGUCCGGGGUACGGACACGAGUCGAGAAGGUCAUGGCGUUGCUAGUAGAGUCUGGUGUUGUAUAUGUUUUGAUCUGGGUAAGGUGGUGGUAUUGUGCCCAUCACUCACUCCUACUCAAUCCCUCUUAG